AUGAACAAACAAGAAUUGAUUAGACAGUAUGGUAUAGAUACUCCAAUACCAUCAGAUGAUACUAUUUGUGUUGGUAGUUCUGUGUUUAUAUGUGAUUCAAGUAGUCAACCAAAAAUAAUAUCAAUAAUAAUCAAUCCCAAUACAUUCACAGACAAUGGUGAUCCUGGAACCAAUACUUUAUACUUUCCUGAUUUGAUGACUAUUCAGAUCAUUCUGCCUGCCAACGCCAUCACAAAGACACCAUUAAAUAUCUUGUCACAAAUUGACGACGGUUACCUUCCCCAACUCAGACAACUAUAUUUAUCCAAUGAUCCAACCACUACAAGUAUUCCAUCUCAAUUUGGUUUAAACUCUCCUUUAUUAGCGACAUUAAAAAUAUUAAAUAUUGCAAAUGGAACAAUUGAUCAAUUAUUUUACAAUGCACCAUAUAUUAGAAAAAUAGAAAUAACAAAUGUUAAUACGAUCAACAUUGAUGAAUCGUCUUUGGUGCCAACUUUAAGUACGUUGGCAUUGGGCUUUUCAGCAUCAGUCGAUCAAAAGACAAUGGUGUUUAAACAAUCAUCUUUUCCCAUCUUAUCAUCACUCGAAAUAUUAAUUAUAAGUGGUCACGCUAUUUCCGUUGUUAUUGAUUCACCUCGUAUUGGUGAUUUGAAAAUAACUCAUGAUACUAAUACACCAAAUUUAGAUUAUAAUAUACCAAUUAAUUUAACUAUAGUUGAUACUACAAAUAUAGGUUACUUAACAUUAUCAGGUUUAAAUUUAACCAUUUCACCUCCAACUUUUGAUAGUUUUAAAUUUCUUUCUAAAUUGUCUUUGACUACAACUAGAUUUGAAACCAUUCCUUUGACCAAUAACACACUUCCACAAUUUUUAAAUUAUUUUCUAUCACAAAAUGGUAGUUUUAAAUCAAUUCCAGAUUUAAAUUAUACUUCUCCCAUGGCAUAUUUAGGAUUUCCAAAUAACAAAAUAAUUGGAGAAAUUCCAACCAAACCAUUUUUAACAUCACCCAUGUUGGUAUUGGAUUUAACUGGUAAUAUUGGUAUCACUGGUGCACUUGGAGAACAAUUUUGUCAAAACAAAUUAUUGAUUAAUGGAACUUCAAUCACCUCGCUUCCCGAUUGUUUUUAUUGUUAUAUUGAUAAUCCAAGUCUCAUCAUAACUUCUCUUUUACCUCCACCAAACUUUACUUGCAAUGUAGUAGUAACAAAUCCAAAGAAAAUUAUUACACCUGAACCAUAUAUAACACUUUAUGGUAGUAAUUUGGGAUGGGCUUAUGGACUUGCAAACGUUUUAGCCAUAGUUCCCAAUUCCAUCAUUAGAUUUCCAUUUGAAAAUUAUGCUCCCGAUCCAAAAAAUGUAACGAUUUCAUUGGACAGUAUUGCACCAGUCAAUGUGACAGUAACAGCCAUUUCAGUCGGUAUUCAAAUCCACGCGGCACUCUUUGAUGUGGUCGGUUCUCUUGUUACUAUCAAUAUCACUAAAAUUUUAUAUCCUCCAUCCGUCUCUAUGGCCUCUUCCUUUGUCAUGGCGAUGCCUGCAAAUAGCACUCAACAACCUCCUCCUCCAACUCCAUGCAUACUACAAAACAAAACAAUCAAUACCUAUGUCUGUAAGAAUAUUGACUCUUUAAAUCCUGGAAAUUAUUAUUUCAUCAUUGAAAAUGUUUAUAGUUCUAAAACUAUAAGAGUGAUUACUAUUAAUGGAACAGGAAACUUUCCAGUUAUGACAUCAGCAUCAAUUGAUAAACAACCAGAUCUUCAAUAUUUACGCUUUUAUGGAUAUUUUGGAUGGGGUAAUGGAGUGGAUAGAGUGAGUGUCAAGCUCAAUGGGACCGUAGACUGUCCACUUUAUUUUAAAAACUCAUCCAUUAUUAUUUGUGCAACAGCUACUGCUCUUCCACCUGGACUCACUUCGGCAACCAUUGAUUGUUAUGGAUUUGUCAAUACAUUUAAUGGAGCCAUCUAUAUCCCUGCACCACCAACUUCAACAAUCGAUCUAAAAGAACAAUGUAAUGAAAGAACUUCAAAUUGUUAUGGUAAUGGUCAAUGUAAUGAUUUAGGUAUUUGUUUAUGUCAACCAAAUUAUUAUGAUGAUUGUAAAUUUAAAUUAAAUCCAAAUGUAACAAUAAUUAAAAAUGAAACAGAUCCAACAGCAGUAUUUAAUUAUAGUGAUCCAAAUGGAGGGGCGGUAUCACAAUUUUAUUUUUCCUUGGUUGCUAUUCAAGAAUUGGAUCAAGAUGAUCGGAUUGUUGGAGAAUUAAAAGUUGAAAAGUGGAAUGUAACCAAUCGAUCAUACAAUGAUAGUCAAUCAGGUUCAUUGGUGACAUCACUAAAAUAUGAUUUAAUGGUCAACAAUCAAAGUAUCUAUAGCAAUGUAGAGGUUGUUGCAAUGAUUGAUUAUUCAAGUAUGGCAAGACAGGUACCAUUUGGAGAUACAAUAUUAGACAUUGCACCAAAUAGUAUUAAAGUUGGAGUUGUUGUGAAUGGAUGGCCAUAUACAACGAUUCUAUCACAUCUUCGAGUUGUAUUCUCGACCAUUAUCAAUAAUGAUCAACAAACAUUUACAGAUUCUUGUGACAGUACAUCUGACGUUCCCACAUUUGAACAAGUGUUUGGUGAUAAUAGUUAUUUAAGAGUUAUCAAGAAUAAUACACAAUUCUAUGGUCGAUUCCUUCCAUACUCUUAUUCCGAUGGUAGAAAGACAUUUUCUAAAAAUGAAUUUAUCAAUCAAACCAAAAUUGCAAAUAGUCAAACUGGUGAAUCAUUGGCAUUGAUUGGUGUACAUUUACCUCAAUGUUCAUCAUGUCUACUAGACCCAGAUUUUAGUGCAUUGGUAGUAAACAAGGAUGACCAAAAUAUCAACUGUCCAUCAGAUGACUCUGACACUUGGAAGAUUGCUGUUGGUGCGUCGGUUGGUGGUGCCGUAUUUAUUGCUUUUAUCAUUGGUCUCAUUUACUAUAUUCGUGAUAGUAAUACUGCAAGAUUUAAAUUAAAUGCUGCUAAAAUAUAUACAUCAGCAAUGACACCUCCCCCUUUGAUAAAGGUGGUAUUUUUCUUUUUCUUUUACUUUUUUGUUUUCACAACAAGUAUUAGUAGUACAGUUAAUGCACAAGAUUUAUCUGAACCAGAAUCAAUAUGGCUCAUUCGUAACUAUGGUAUGACAGUACCACAGAAUCAGAUGCUUUGUAAUUAUGCAACAGGAGGUAUCACACGGUUUUUGUGUGUCGAUGGUCAUGUAUCUAAAAUUAUAAUCAAUGAAACUAUAUUUACCCAUUCAGGAAUUCCUGAUCCUAAUUUAGUAUCAUUAGAAUUCCCACAAGUGAUCUCUGUUUCAAUUCAGACACCCUAUACAGUACCCAUCUCAACCAAUAACAUUCUAUCAAUGUUUACAGAGAUUCCUUCUUUGAUUUCACUCUCUAUUCAAGAUGAUCAAACUAUCACUUCCAUACCAACAUGGUUUGGUACAACUUUACCAUCACUUACUGAAUUGUCACUUAAAAAUUGUACAUUAUUGACAAGUAUUGAUAAUAGUUUUAACAAUACAUCUAUUCGAUCAUUGUCUAUUAUUCCUGUCAGUACUGUCUAUUUUGAUGAAACUGUCAACCUACCAUUAAUGGUAUCAAUGAAUUUUGAAGUCAAUCCACCCUCUAAAAUGACUUUAACCAUCUCUGAAACAUCAUUUCCAAGACUCACAACAAUCUUUAUAUCAACACAUUCAAUCAAAGGUCUAACUGUCAAUUUUAAUUCAAAGGUUUUAAAUACUGCUCAUAUUAAACCAGCAGAGUCAUCUUUUAUGCAUAAUCAAAUCCCAAUCAUUUUAAAUUUCCAAAAUCCAAGAAAUAUUUAUAGAUUGGAGACUGGAGGAAUGGUUACAUUGAAUCCACCAAACCUUGAUGCUUAUUCAUCAUUAAAAUCAAUGGUUACUGCUUUUUCCAAUUUUUCUUCUAUUCAAUUAUCCCCUGGAGCAAGUUUACCACAUAAUCUCAUUUUUUUUGCUGCACCAAAUUCAAAGUUUUCAAAAUUUCCAUCGAAUCAAUUUACUAAUUUCUCAUCAGUGUCAUUUGCAAAUAAUUCAUUAGCUGGAACCAUUCCAUAUGCUAGUUUUGCCAAUUCACCUGGCAUGCUUUUAGAUUUAACAAACAAUGAUAAAGUAACGGACCCAGUGACAGAGGAUUUUUGUUCUUUAAAACUUUUCAUCAAAGGAACCGAUAUUACAAAUCUACCAGAAUGUUUCUUUUGCUAUUAUUCAGAUUCUAUUAUUAGAACUGAUGUGGCCCUCUUAUCUGAUUUCGUUUGUAAUAUUUCAGUUUCAAAUGUGAUGCCAAUUAUAACAACCAAUGAAUUUAUAACUAUUAGAGGUAGAAAUCUUGGUUAUGGUCAACAACCAAACCUAAGAGCAAUCGUUCCAAAUUCUAUAAUGGAAUAUCCAUUUUCAGGAAAUGGACCUGCAUCCAAUGUAAACAUUUUACUUUCAUCUAUUUAUGGUUAUAACAUCACGGUAUCUGCCAUUUCUGCAAGGAUUGAAUUUAUAGGAACAACAUUUGUAGCAGAUACUACUAAAAAUUAUGUUACCAUCAAUUCUACCAAUCUCGAUUGGAAUCCAUCAUCAUUUUCUCAUUUUGUUAUAUUAAAAAGUAAUUAUUCUGGUCAUAAUGUUCCAGAUGUUAAUUCAAUACAAAAUAUUUAUCCAAAAGUAAAUUCAAUUAGUAUAAAUUUAGUUGGUCGUGAUCAUAGACUUUCAAUUUAUGGUUAUUUUGGUGAAACGGUUGGAUUACAAGGAACAGUGGUUCAAUUAAAUUCUUCAAUGCCAUGUGUAUUGCUCACUAAAAAUUCAACCUAUAUCUAUUGUGUAUUGACCAAUCCUGCCAUUGGUCUUGCUUCACUCUACAUCAACAAUGAUGGUUAUGAAACCAACCUACUCAACUUUAUCAGUAUUGGACAAAUCCCUUCAAAAUCAUUGGCUGAUCAAUGUAAUGAAAGAACUUCAAAUUGUUAUGGUCAUGGUCAAUGUAAUGAACAAGGAAUAUGUAUAUGUCAACAAGGUUAUUAUGAUGAUUGUAAAUAUUAUAAAAAUCCAAAUGUAACAUUUGUACAAAAUGAUACAAAACCAGUUGCAACAUUUGAAUUGGAUGGAUAUCAAUUCUUAUUUUCAUUGGUUGCUAUUCAAGAAUUGGAUGGUGAUGAUAUGAUUGUACAAGAAUUAAUGACCGAUCAAUGGAAUGUUACUGAUCAAUCGGGUGGUGAUCUUACAUCACUUUAUUAUAGACUGUUGAUCAAUUCAACAUUGUAUCCAACACUAUCACCAUUUGUCAAUGUUACAUCAUUGAUUGAAUAUUCAACUAAAGAUAGGCAAUUACCAUUUGGUGAUAGUAUUGUAUCAGUUGGAGCAAAUAGUAUCAAAGUUGGAGUAAAUGUUACUGGAUGGCAAUAUCAAUCAGUUUUAUCACAUUUGCGAGUUGUAUUUUCGACCAUUGUCAAUAAUGAACAAUCAAUUCAAUCAUGUUCCAAUGGUGAUAUUCCAACAUUUGAACAAAUCCUAGGAAGUGAUAGUUAUUUGCGAGUUAUCAAAAAUAAUACUCAAUUCUAUGGUCGUUUCCUUUCCUAUUCCUAUUCCGACGGUAGAAAGACAUUUUCAAGAAAUGAAUUAAUCAAUCAAACUAGUAUCACUGGACGUAGUAAUGAAUCAUUGGCAUUGAUUGGUGUACAUGUACCUCAAUGUUCAUCAUGUCUACUAGACCCAGAUUUUAGUGCAUUGGUAGUAAACAAGGAUGACCAAAAUAUCGAUUGUCCAUCAUCAUCAUCUGACACUUGGAAAAUGGCUGUUGGUAUUGCAGUUGGUGGUGCUGUAUUUAUUGCUUUUAUCAUUGGUCUCAUUUACUAUAUUCGUAAUAGUAAUACUGCAAGAUUAAAAAUGAAAGCUGCUAAAAGGGGUGAGUUGUCACAAUUUUCAAAUUAA